UAAAAGUGGCAGAUUUGCGUCCAGUUUGUCCCCAAUUUUGCGAGAGUGAGAGAGAAAUUUUGAAAUUUAUAUUGAUAUCAUAUUUUGUGAAUAUUUCCCAAACAAGGUAAAUCUUAAGCCUACUGCCUUCCACCGCUUAAUUUCAAAAUGUGGGAUCCAGACACGUAUGUAAAGGCCAUCGUGACAAGCUAUGCGGCAAAACCGCUGAAAAUUUCUAUUUUUUCAUACCAAAUAUGAGUUAUGGAUUUUAAUUUUAGAAAUCGCGCCAUAUCUUAAAAACCAAGGCUUAUUUCGAAAAAGUCAAUCAGUCGAGGGCACUAGCCGGGACCUUCCCCAAUACGAUCCCGUUUAAUUUAGGUUACCAAAAUGUAUCGUCUAGGCUGUAGCUCAGUGGAGAAAUUGGUAGCCGAAAUUGCAAAAUUUUUCGGAAAUUUGAACUUACCGCCUGUACCUAGCAUUAUUUCGAAAAAAUUUUCGAGUAAAUAUUAUAGAUAAUGCGGUUAUGAACAUAUUUGCUAUUACAUACAACUUUGUGUUAUGCACCCAAUUCAUUCAGCGAAACAUUUAUGAUUUCGAAACCGAAAAAUCGGUUUUUAUUGAAUUUCUUGAAAAUGGUUCAAGAUACCAUGAAUUAGAAAAAAGUCAUUUUAAAACUUUUCGAGAGGCAUCUAAUGCACUUUACGGCAUCUCUUUACGCCCAACCAUUUUUUUGUACGAGCCCCCGACAUUUCCCAUAAGAGUGCCUGACAACAUACUAUAUGUUCCACAUAUAGCGCCAAAUGUCUCAGGUUGCCCCGACAUUUGAGCUUAUGGUGGAAAAAAUAGAAAAAUUCCCGAAUGUCUGCAUGAUCUAACCGAUCGACUCGAAGCGAUCCCUUGGCGGGAGGGCGAGGUCGUUCUGGAUUACGGGUGUGGCACAGGUCAGUGGCGGCGGAAGUAGGGGGACAUUGUUACCCCAGAAAUACAUUUAAAUCAUAUCUUGCCUAUGUUAAUAAAUCGCUCCUCUUCCUAUCCUGCAAUGCUAAUGUUCAAAAAUCAGGUCGCACCACGGUCCCCUUCAUCCUCCCGAAAACGGUGGCCACAAAAUCCCGUGUUUUCGGCGUCGACAAAUCCUCCAUCAUGAUCACCUCGGUGAACGCGGGGAAUAAAAGUGACCACGUGUCCUACGCGUUGGGGAACCUUUUAGUGGAUGGCGGCUUUCCCCACGUGGGUGUCCAGUUCGAUAAGAUCUUCUCGUUUUACUGUUUCCACUGGUUAAAGGAGUACAAACAAGUCUUGGCCAAGUUCUACCCUAUCCUUAAACCCGGCGGGUAUAUUUGUCUCGUGUACGUAAUUGAUGCUCCACAUUUCUUACUUCUCCAGCAAAUUGGAAACCUGCCAAAGUGGGGGGGAUAUAUGAAGAAAAUACGGGAUCAUCUCCCCGAGUGGAUUGAGCAAUCGCAAGAUGCACAGAAAGAGUUGGAACAAUCCUGUAAAGAAAUUGGGUACGAGAAAGUGGAAAGUCUCGUGCACAAGAGCAACGUGAAACUGACCUUGGACGCUUUCGCGGACGUGGUCAUGUCGCUGAACCCGUUUUUGAGUGAGAUUCCUCCCACUUUGUAUCCCGAGCUGAAGGCGGAUUACACCAAGUUGAUCCUUGCCAAGGAAGACGUGGUGCAGAAUGGAGGUCAAGAAUUCCAGUUUAAACACGACGUGCUAUUUGCGGUAUUUCGAAAACCAGGAAACGAAAGCAAUGGGUUUGUGAAAAAUUAAACAAUUUUUUACGCAAUUUGUUUUUGAUUUUUUUUUCAUUUAAAUCAUGCAUGUUUUCUAAAAAGUUAUACUACAAGUUCGAAGAAUAAAACGUAUCUGAAUUUUCAG